AUGGAGAAGGAAAGACGUGAUUAUGGUGGAGGUCCAGGAAUUGCAACUGGUUUUGUACAUCAAAAUCAGAAUCAAAAUCAGAAUUCAUAUCAUUAUAAUGCUAGUGGUCAAAACCCUCAAUACAGUUAUCAUCGAAACCCUCAAGGACAAUCUAGUGGUCCGCAUCGUGGGAAUUAUUCGUCACGUGGUGCUCCUCAUACUUAUCCAUCUGCUCCUGUACAUCAAGGUCAAUAUGAUUAUGGAGGUUAUGGAGGAGGAGGAGGAGGGAAUGGACAAAUGAACUCAAAUAGAGGGAAUGGACAUAUGAAUACCAACAGAGGAAAUUCACAUAUGAACUCGAAUAGAGGAAAUGGACAUAUGAAUCCAAAUCGAGGGAAUCAUCACCAACAACCAACUGGACCAUAUAUAAGCCAACCACCAAGAUUAUACUCUGCACCUACUUUUGCCGGUACUACACCUACCUCUUAUGGUGGAUCAGGUUAUGGUGGUACAGGUGUUGGAUUACCCAAUCGACCCAAUCCACCUCCUUCUCUUCCUGGACGAGGUGGAAUGGGAAUGACAAAUGGGUAUAGAACUCAACCUAUCAUUCCAGCUGUGGUUAGAUCUAAUAAUCAUCAGUAUUCUUCUUUACCUCCUUCUUAUGGUGGUGGUGGUGCUGGUGGUGGUGCUGGGAAUAAACCUAAUAGAGGUCGUUAA